GUAAAAGGCUGCCCUCCUAUUGGCCACACUUGAUUAGCUAAUAUUCUCAUUCUGGAGCCAAACUACCAUUGGCCUCAGCCUCCGCCAUCGUAGCGAUUAGUUUUUGGACGCCUAUUGCCAACCAAAUCAUCGCCAAAAAUGUUUGCCGCACGACAAAGGGUAGGCUGCGCUGCCCGCCAGCUGCAGCGUACAGCUCACAACACCCGCACCUACGCGUCCGACGCUCACCACAAGGCCGCUCCCGUCAACGAAUCUUUCGGGAAGGGAUCCAUCAUCGCCGUAUCCGGCUUCCUCGGCACCGUCCUCCUCUACCAGCUCACUCCCCGCGAAGGCGAGGACUCUGCCAUUGGCACGCUGAUCAACAAGUACCGCUCGCGCGCUGAGCACUGGGAGGAGAUCAACGCUCUUCACACGAAGGCUGCCGAGCAGGCUGGCUUCGACCGCAACCUCUUUGAGAACGGCUCCAACAAGCACCGCUUCGUCGACGUUGCUUACCCCGAGGCCUUCCACUCCCACGCUCCCCGAAACAUCCAGGCUGGUCAACUUGCCAACAUUGAUCACGUCGUCGAGCACUACCGUCAGCAGCACAUCAAGGAGGAGGAGAAGAAGGCUGCCAAGUUGGCGGCUCAGCAAUAGAAGGGCUGGGAUGUAUAAAAUAUAGCGAUAUACCUUUAUUUUUUCCUCGUGAGCGGAAGAAUAACCGCAGCGAGGCCUCUAUCAGACAAACAGAGAUGAUAUUUCUUUUGUGUAACAACUAUAUUUAAGCCUCUUGCUCGUUAAGUGUGUGUUCCGCCAUGCCCAAGGGAUGCGGGAGCGUUGUUGGCUUGGCGUUUCCUUGGAGCUGAGAGCCUUGAGGCGGUGUCGUGGGAGAAGACUAGAUUUCAAUCCAUCGGUGUAGUGAUGGCCUCUAUUUCACCCCCGUAUCGACAAAACCAACUGUGUCAUUCGACCGAGAUAUAGUUGGUGCUUGUGGCCGCCCUGCAUCCCCAGCAUCUCAACACGAGACAUAAAAAAGGAAGAAAAAGGCUCGGCGAAAACGCCACAACUUUAAUUCCUUUGAAAAGAAAAAAACAUAUGAUACUAUUCUUAUAGUCUUUUUCUCAUAUACUAAUUCUUUGUAUAUUCUAUACUGCCCUUGUUUUGACGUUAUUGCGGGGGAGGAACUUGUUUUGAGAACAGGUAUCAAAAAUAGGGCGUUCGGUAGUAUCGCUUAGGUGUUUGGUAGCGCUGAACGUUGGACGCUCGGCACUACG